AUGAACUUGCUCGUGGAAGAGGAGGAGGAGGAGAACUUAGCCUCUCAUAUUAAGGAGCCCUCCGUGAACUCGGAUGACCCUCAGGAGCGGAUCCAGGCUCGGCGCCUUCGCAUCGCUGCACGCCAGGAAGCGCGGAGGCGGGAAGCACUUGGAGAGUCUCUAGAUCGGAAGAAGGAGAGUGAGGAAGACCAGUCCAAGAGCUUCAAACAGAAAGAAGAAAGCAGACUGAGGUUGUCCAAGCUGCUGCUCUGUGGCACUGAGCUGGUGACAAAUAUCCAAAUUGCUGCUGAUAUCAGAGAGACUCAUAGGAGGGUAGAUGAAGAUGAAGCAAAGCGUCAGAGAGUGGAGAAGCUGGAGAAUGAAAUAAAGACCAGUCAGGACAAGUUUUAUGACAUCACUGCAAAGUGGCAAGAUAGUAAGAUGAAGAGGAUUCCCCAAGAGCUGUGGGACUUACUCAACAGACAACAGCACCAAUGUGCUAUGCUGAUAGAGGAGAAGAACAAACUUAUUAAUGAUUUACAACAGGAGUUAAAAGGAAAAGAUGACCAAUAUGUGAAAGAUCUGAAGAAACAGGGUGACGACAUUACUCUGCUGCUAGAGAGGAUGGAAGAGCAAGUCAAGAAUUUAAUAAAGACCUUCCGUCAGGAGCUCAGUAAUAUUGAGAAAGCAUUUGAACAAGAGCGACAAGAGCUAUUGAUCAGCAAUAAGAAGAAAUGGGAGCGUGAGAUGCACAUUCACAAUUCCAAGGAGCUGGAAUAUCUGACAAGCCACAUGAAGAGAGUAGAGGAUUAUGAGAAGCAGUUGAACCAGCAGAGGGUUCGGGACUCAGAAGAGUACAACUCCAUCAAGAUCAAGCUGGAGCUGGAUGUGCAGAUACUAGAACAGCAGCUCCAGCAGAUGAAAGCAACUUAUCAGCUAAACCAGGAAAAACUAGAGUACAAUUUCCAAGUGCUGAAGAAAAGAGAUGAAGAGAACACAAUCAUUAAGUCCCAGCAGAAAAGAAGGAUCAACCGCUUGCAUGAUGUGCUGAACAACCUAAGAAUGAAAAUAGCGAAGCAGAUAAAGCAAUACCACGACGACAAUGUAACUCUGACUGCAGACUACAAACGCAUCGUGAUGCAAUUCAGGGAUUUGCAGAAAACCAUGCGGCAUUUUGCAAUUAUUAAUGACAAGCAGUUUCAGGAAGUUUGGCUAAUUAAUGAGGAGGAAGCAAAGGCUUUAGUGAACAAAGCCCUUGAUGCGGACAAAAUCAUCCAGUUACAGCAACUGGGGCUUCCCUGGACCAGACCCCACUACUGGUUCAUGGACAAUGUGGGGCCUAUUUCUCUUUGCAAGAAGAAGUCAGCCACAGAGUUAGUUCACGAGCUGCUGCUGAUGAUAGAGGAGGAGGAAGCAGAUGAAAGCCGAAAAUCAAGCUUGAAAGACCAAAAGUGCAGACUGUCUCUGCCAAAACACUUAUCUGCAAAGACUGUCAAAGUAAUACUGGAGAUUAUGUGUGAUGAGUCGGGUUUUCUGAUAGAGAGUAAAUUGCUGAGUCUUCUCCAUCCCCUUGAGAGGAAUGAAAGCUGCCUAUUGAGGCUAGACUCCAUCUUUGCUGCCCUUGGGAUCGAAAACGAAGAUGAUGUUUAUGCUCUGGUUCAAUUCUUCCUUGAGUUUCGAGCCAGGAGGGUGUCCUAUUUCCAGAACCAUGAGGAUGUGACUUCAGUUGCAGAGACUGAAGGCAUCAAAAAGGAAAGCUGUGUCCCAGAUGACCGCCAAGACCAACAACACCUUCUCCAUACUGCCCUCAUUCAUCCUAAUGAUGUUCUCAAGGCCCUGGAGGCUUAUGUUAUUAGUCAGCAGAAAAUCAGGUGGGCUCAGGCUCCAAUGCCAUUAAAAGUGGUGACGCACAGAGAGAUACGGGACGUCUCAAAGGACUCAGAAUACUGGGAUGCCCUAUGCCACAUCAUACCUCUCCCUAGACAGAAGCUAUGGGAUGCACUAAUUGACGCCUUCCAGAAAUACUACAACAUCCUCACCCAGCGGGCCAAGCUGCUGAGUGACAACGAGUUCCUCGAGCAGCAGAACACAGAGCUGCAGAUGCUGCUGCAGCAGUACAUCGAUUCCAGGAUAAACAUUGAAUUACAAGUCCCUCCCACCCAGGUAUUUCAAGAAUCCAUGAAAUAG